UAUUGAAACAAGUGCGCGUCAAGCACCACGUGAACGGCACGAGCGGGACGCACCGCCUUGAGAGUUGCUGAUUUCUUUAUAAGUUUGCGUGUUUUUUUUAAUCCUGGGAAUGGACUUCACAGCCAAGAUGGAAAUUAACAUCAGCCAGCAGCAGCUCCUGCCGCCCGCCUGCUUCUUCUCCUCCGCGACGGCGCAGAGCAUCCAGCUGAGCCCGUGCGGCAGCAGCCAGAGCAGCGGGAAGUCUGGCUCCAAGGGGCAGAAGAGGCAGCGCUCCACCUCCCCGGAGCUGCUGCGCUGCAAGCGGAGACUGAACUUCGCGGGGUUCGGCUACACCCUCCCGCAGCAGCAGCCGCACGCGGUGGCGCGGAGGAACGAGCGGGAGCGGAACCGGGUGAAGCUGGUGAACAACGGCUUCGCCACCCUGCGCGAGCACGUCCCCAACGGCGCCGCCAACAAGAAGAUGAGCAAAGUGGAGACGCUGCGCUCCGCGGUGGAGUACAUCCGCGCGCUGCAGCAGCUGCUGGACGAACACGACGCGGUGAGCGCCGCCUUUCAGUCCGGAGUCCUGUCGCCCGGAAUAUCGCAGGGAUACUCCACCGACAUGAACUCCAUGGCAGGUUCCCCAGUGUCCUCCUACUCAUCUGACGAGGGUUCAUACGACGCCCUGAGUCCAGAGGAGCAGGAACUGCUGGACUUCGCCAACUGGUUCUGAGCAUCUGUAUGAGAAAUAUGGAUCAACUCAAUUUACUGUUGUCGUGCGCUUGGGAUGGUCCCGGAGGAGACUGGGUGUCCUCAAGAACAAGAUGCACUGUACACGCGUCUCGGUCCCUGGGUCCUGAACGCCCUGUCCUCCUGUCCUCCGGACUGACAGACAGAAAGACAGAAAGACAGACAGACAGACAGACGAGGCCUGAACGUCCUGAAAACUUUGGAGAAAUCAGACCAGAGAUCAGCGCCAAAGGAUUAACAGAAGACGGGAACCCUGACAGCGUGGGAAACCGAACUUCUGUGCAUUUGCCCUUGACAUAAAAAAACACUAAAGUGAAUCCACGCUCUUCAGCAGCACAUUAAAAACUUUAUUUAACACGUCGCUCAUCAACUAUGCUAAAUCCAAUCACAGAACACCAACCCUUGGCAAAACUUAGCCGUUUAAUUCUGAAAAAUGCUUCCAAGUCGCGGAUUUAUUCUAUAAAAUUCUAUAUGAAACGCUUUUUUGAAAUAUAUUAAGAUAUUUUUGUAUGUAAGAGAUUUAUAGAUGUUUUGUACACAUCCUUUUUGUAUAUAUUUUGUCUAUAUAUUGCGAAGUUGCUUCUAAUACCUCCUGCCUACGUAGACGUGUAGUCUAUUAUUCUCUGGCUCUUGUGCUCACGAGGUUUCCAGAAGGAGUUUGAUACUCUGACGUUUUGUUCUAGCACCGAUGUGUCUUAUUUAAUAGAGAAACCAUGUUAUUAUGUCAUGAACUUCACGAUGAUCAAAACCUUAUGCAGCUAUUGUCCAAACAGAGCGCAAUGUCCACGCGUUGUGUCUUUACACUGCCAGCUCUAUACUGUCUUCACAUAAAACUGAUGGUGGAAAAAAACAAGUCUUAUAACCAUAUUUUCUACA